AUGAGCACCUCCAGAGACGACAGAUUGGAUGGCUACGAUGCUGUACAACUGUCCUUGACCUGUCUCAGUGGCGUCGACAGAAAGAUGGUAGUGCCCACAAAGAAGCUUCUAGACGUUGUUGCAGGCAAAGAAGAUGUGGCCUUUAAAGAUGCUGGCAUCCCAAGGGAUUCCUACAUAUUUGACCUGCGGUCUUCAGCUGGCACUGCCAAAGUGGACAUCGACAGCCUCAAGCCACUGCCAUGGCUGACACAUGACGGACAUCGAGUAGGAGGAGUCUUCUGUGAGUUGACACCGCCUACAGUUGGAGGUGAAAUAUCGCCUAGGUCAGUAGCCUUAAAGCAGGUGGCACGUCUGAAGGACACCUUUGGUUUGACCAUCAAGUCGGCGCUGGAGGCGGAGUUUAUGAUUUUUGAGAAAGAUGGGAGGACCCCUUUCAACAACGUGGAUCGUGAAGCCUACGGUAGAGUCGACAACAUGGCUGGAAAAGAACACUGUAUAUUGGACGCAUGCUUCUCUUUGCAGAAGGCGGGGUUACCAAUUGAAACGUUCUUAUCAGAAUUUGCCGCUGGUCAAUUUGAGAUGACUUUUCGUCCUCAAGAGGGCGUGGCUUCUGCAGACACUAUUAUGCUCAUGAAAGAAGGGUUAAGGGUGAGCCUUGGAAAAUAUGAUCUUAUACCAACGUUUAUGACAAUUCCCAGUGAUCAUGGCCAUGCAAACGGAUUUCAUCUGAACCAUUCGCUUUGGAGUGACGAAGGAGUGAAUGAAUUUAUAGAUUUGAAUGAUCCGAUACAAAUAUCAGACACUGCACGUCACUGGAUAGCUGGUCUGAUAUACCACGCUCCCUGCAUUGACAGCUCUGCUAUGCCCCACCCUGAACUGUUACAUUCGACUCACUGA